AUGUUCUCGCGGAAGUGCCGGAAUCACAUCUUCAAUGGCGGCGCUGGAGGCGGAGGCUCACUCCUGGUUCAAUCACUCGUUAAUUACUCCACAGCCACCAAGAUUGCCCCAUCCCAGAAUGGCAUUUUGACGAACUACCUCGUUAAGUCACUUGGGUUCUCCAAAGAAGUCGCCAUUUCCACUUCAAGCAAGGUAACUCGAUUAAAGCCCCUUAAAUAUAGUCCUAAUUCAGUGAUCAAUUAUUUCGAAAAUUUGGGCAUGAGUAAAUCCCAACUCAGAACGAUUGUGUCCUUGUACCCCAACAUCUUAUUUUGGAACGUUGAGAGAAGUUUGGCUCCCAAAAUUAAGGUUUUAGAAGAACUUGGCUUAUCUGGGUUAGACAUUGUAAGAAUUUUUAUGGUUCAUAAGUGCCUUUUGGUGAGAGGAGUGAAUAGCUAUAUGAGACCCCGGAUUGAGUGUUAUAAAGAACUGUUUGACACUGAUAUCAGGGUAGCUGCUUUUAAGAGAUAUGCCUUGAGGACUUAUAAAGUUAAGCAUGUUAAACAGAAUUUAUUGUUGCUGCAAAGUAUUGGGUUUACCUGUGCUGAUAUUGUCAAACUUAUGGCUAAAGAUGCAAAAAAUAUUUUGUUCUUAAGUGGCGAAAAGCUUCAGGAUACAGUUCGCAGGGUUGAAAAUGAUUUGGGGAUUCCUCGUGUAUCCGCCUUCUUCUACUAUGGGAUGUAUGUGCUCAGCUCAUAUCGCCAGUCUAACAUUGACGCGAAGUUUGAAACAUUUAAGAGUUUUGGCUGGUCAGAUGCUGAAAUCCUUGCUCUGGUUAGGAAUUCUCCUCUUAUUUUGUGCAUGUCACCACAUACAAUGAGAAGAUCUUUAGAUUGUUUUAUGAAGGAGUUUGGAUAUAGUUCGGAGUACUUGGUUUCACACCCUGUGCUUCUAGCCUUGAGUUUAGAACGGAGAGUAAAACCUAGGAUUGAAGUUCAGAAAGUUUUGAUCGAGAUGAAUCUUAACAAGGGGAAGACAGCCCUCUACACUCUUUUAAUUAAACCAGAGGCCAAGUUUCUGAAGGAUCAUGUCCUAAAGUACAAGGAUAUAUUACCCAACAUGUGCGCAGAAUAUUUGAAGAUGGUUGGAAAACAGAAGAUGGAGCAAUUAGGUGUUUUGAGGUAA